GCUUCACUUCCGGUUCAUGCCGGAAGUUGACGCAACGUCCGCACAUGGGUGGCCCCAGAGAAUAUGCCGCUCGUGGUGUUUUGCGGGCUGCCGUCGACCGGCAAGAGCCAGCGUACGGAAGAGCUACGCCGGGCGCUGGUCAGCGAGGGCCACACGGUGCACGUGGUGGACGAUGCUUCGGUGCUGGGCAAUGAGAACGCGGCGGUGUACGGCGACUCUGCCCGGGAGAAGACGCUGCGCGCCGCGCUGCGGGCCGCGGUGGAGCGGCGCCUGAGCCGGCAGGACGUGGUCAUCCUGGACUCCAUGAACUACAUCAAGGGCUUCCGCUACGAGCUGUACUGCCUCGCGCGGGCUGCGCGCACGCAGCUCUGCUUAGUUUACUGCAUACGCCCGUUCCGGCCGAGCCGCGGCCCUCAGGUGGCUGACGCCACGGGUGACCGCGGCCCGGCUGUCAGUGUGAGCUGGAGGUCGCGCGCCGAGGAGGGUGAGCAACCUCCGGAGACCGGCGCUGCCGGGGAGCAGCGCGCCGCCAGCCCGGUUGCAAAUGGGGAAGUCCUGCCCGCCGUCCCCAGGGAACUGGAUCCAGAGGAAGUCCCGCCCUCAAGUCUUCCAGCCGUAGUCACUCUGGAGUCGGAACAAUCUGCAGAGCCUGCGUCCAGUGCCUUACCUCCCGAACUUUUGGAGUCCUUAGCGCAGCGCUUUGAGUCUCCCGACUCUCGGAACCGCUGGGAUCGACCCUUGUUCACCGUGGUGGGUUUAGAAGAGCCAUUGCCGCUGGCUGAGAUCCGGGCUGCUCUGUUUGAGAACCGGGCCCCCCCACCCCAUCAGUCUACGCAGUCCCAGCCCCUAGCCUCUGGCAACUUUCUGUACCAGUUGGACCAGGCUACGAGCCAGGUGUUGACUGCUCUGAUGGAAGCACAGAAGAGCGCUGUACCCGGAGACGUGUUAACACUUCCUGGCACCACACAGCAUCUCCAGUUUACCCGGCCCUUGACCUUGGCGGAACUGAGUCGCCACCGUCGCCAGUUUAUUUCCUACACAAAAAUGCAUCCCAACAACGAGAACUUGCCUCAACUGGCCAACAUGUUUCUUCAGUAUCUGAGCCAAAGUUUGGACUAAUAGCGGUAGUGGGAGGCGGCGAUGGCUCCUGUCUUUAUUCCACUGUACUUUGUCUAGGAAGAAUGGUCUGGAGGUCCACAGAGCGUACUGUAGUGCUAGGAUUGCUAAGUUUGACUGCCUCUGUGCGUGUCACAUCUGAGUGUAUAGCAUAAGCUGAGGCAUAGGUGCUCCAGAAAUCUCAGGUGGGCAGAGUUUUUCUUUGGUUGGGCUCUGCUUGGGGAUACUAACUACAUCGGGAUGGAGGAUUGUUUUAAAUCAACUGUGAGUAGAAAGCGAAGACGAUACAGUUUUGUAUGGCCCUUCUUUCAUACGACAAGUAUUUUUGAGUGCAGUACUUCUUGCUAUCUAUCCUGGAGCUUCGAACACAGGUGCAUCUUUUGUUCUGGGAAACUGAUAUUUGUGUAAGACAACCAUUAGAUAUUUCCUCUA